AUGAUUCCAAAAUUGCUUUCAUGUGCCAUUAGUAGUUUAAAACAUAUGUGGUUGCUAUAUUAUGAACUUGCUGACUUCGCCAAAAAGGCUGGUCUUGUCUUCCCACCAAGGGAGACUUAUGACUUCUCAGUGAUGCGUGAUUUUCCGCCUACUUGGAUCACAUCUGACGUAUGGCAGGCUCUAUGCACGAUAUGGGACACUGAUACUUGGAGAAAUAUAUCCGAGAGCGGAAAGAGAAAUCGUAGCAGUAGUGUUAAUGGUUCCAUCUCGGUACAUACAGGUGGAUCGAUUACAACAGAACAACACCGCAAGAAGAUGGCAAAGGGGAAAGACCCUUUGUGGGGAGACAUUUUCAAGCAGACUCACCUUGAAAAGAGUGAAAAGGUGAAGUUGGCAUCUGGAGAGUUGAUUGGGAGCCAACCUGAGUACUGGGUUAAUGAGAAGUCUUGGACCGUAUUUGACAAAUAUGAGAAGGCAAUGUGUGAGAAAUAUAGCCCCGACCCUAGUCGACAUUCGUUGGGUGAUGUUGAAAUAUGGGAGCAUUGUGUUGGCGGGAGAAAGUAG